CACUGUAAAUUGCCUUUUGCGCCCCCUCUGGUCAGUGGCAGCCUGGCGCCUUUGCUGCAGUUACCUGGGGGGAAUCUGGGGAGCUCUAUGCAGAUCUCGAAAAACACUUCAGGUAGCUGUCCUUUUAAAUCGGGGCAUCGGCUGUUGCAAACUUCCCCGAAGCUGAGGCCAUUUUCCCCACCCCUUUUUGCAAACGAGGAAGCGAUUCCAGCCAUGGCAGACGAUCAGCGAGAUUAUAACUUGAACGAGGCGCAAAAAGGCAUCAAAGCCAAGUAUCCUCCCAUCCAGAGGAAAUACGAGUAUUUGGAUCAUACUGCUGAUGUGCAGUUGCAUGCCUGGGGAGACACUCUGGAAGAGGCCUUUGAGCAAUGCGUGAUGGCUAUGUUUGGGUACAUGACGGACACAGAGACGGUUGAGCCCCUGGACACGGUUGAGGUGGAGGCUGAGGGCCAUGACAUGAUGUCUCUUCUAUUUCACUUUCUGGAUGAGUGGCUGUAUAAAUUUAGUGCAAAUGAGUUUUUCAUUCCCAGGGAAGUGAAAGUGCUUUCUAUUGAUCGAACAAGCUUCAGAUUAAGGUCCAUUGGGUGGGGGGAAGAAUUCUCUCUGCUCAAACAUCCUCAGGGCACAGAGGUCAAAGCGAUAACAUACUCAGCAAUGCAGAUCCAUGAGGAUGAAAAACCUGAGGUCUUUGUCAUCAUUGACAUCUAAAAGAAGAAAAAUGGCCUGUCCUCAUGCUUUGGCAGACAGACCAGAUGCUCCCAAGCAGAGGGCCUGUUCCUCUGGAGGAUAACGUGGGCUAGCUGACUUGCAGUCCUGCAAGGGCAUUAAGAUAUCUGGAGCAGCUGAACAGGAGAGAUUCUCAGGGAACGUGUCAUUCUGGAAUGCCUUUGUGGAAGAUGAAGUGCACCAGGAAUGCUCUGAAGAGCAUGUGGAAAGAUUAAUACCCAGCUGGUGCUGGCUUCUUAGAAUAAAUUAAGAUAGGGAAAUAUUUCUUUCAAUGAGGAUAAAGGUGGCACAAUGAAUUAGAAUGUCAGUAUGGACCAAGCUAGAUUUGAGCGCUACAUGAUCUUUGGGCUUUUGAGAGGUGCCCUCUGAAGUGUUACAGCACUCAAAUCUGGCUUUUCUAUUGCAGACCGACACGGUUACCCUUUGAAAAUAUGGGCUGAUUCUGUGCUGUCCUGAAUACUGCCAGCCUUUCUUCUUCUACUUCCUUUUAUCAUUUUAAACCCAUCACUCAGGUCAAAUGGCGUUCCUUGCAACAUCCUUUCUGCCAGAGGGGGCACCACUGAAUGAUUUUGUUUCUGUCUCCUUGUUCGCCCCCUUAGGAAGCAGCACGCUCUGUGUUCCAUACAAAUAUAAUGUGCCCAAUCUCCUAAACCAUGGUAAGAGAGAAUGAAGGCAGCAUGCUUCCUCCUCUCCACUAGUCAAGGAACACAAACUGCUUGUCCCCCUCCCUAUUUCAAAUCAAGGCUUAAACUUCAGCAUAGCCAACAUGGGUGAAGAUGUAACAAUGCACCAUGGUUACAAUAAACUGGGGUGGGAAAGAAGAAUGCCUGCAGGUCCCAGUCACCUAAUACUUGCACUUAGCCCUAAAAACUGCAGAAGAGAAUUCUUUGUGUUUCUAUUUUUGCAGUUGUGCUCUUUUCCAUUGGUGUUGGAAAGAGCAUUUUAGAGUUCAUCUCUGUACAUGUGUACUGAUUUGGGUUGUGGGUUUAACAGGCUUACAUUGGGAUUGGACCCCCCCAGUGCCAUUUUCUUGGCAACAGCAUAUUAAUAUCAACAGACCUGGAUUCUGAGGAUUAGCUGAAUUCUGCUACCCUCCAUCUAGUAGUAGAAAUCCGGCCUUUUUUGUGACAAGAGGGUACUGCCUGGCACAAUAUUCUGCAUCAGUCCUUGCAUGCUGGAUUUUUACUUUCUUGCACUGCAUAGUUCCAUUAUGUGCACUGGUGGGGGCUGGGUGGGGAGAUGUACCCUUGCUGUUGAUUAAAGACAAAAUAAAUUUCCAAUGUUCAAAUCACGGGCAGAAAGGAGGGUUUAAAAAGUUAAAAUAACUUUAAGAACAUUAAACAUCGUGGUUUUAAAA